UGAUUGGCACUUCACUCGCAAACUCCACACAGAUUGAGGACUUGGAUUUUUGGAGCAAGACAGGAAGGUUGAUGGGGCUAACAUGGAGAAAGGAAUACUUGGAUUUUGUGCUGGUGCCAGUUGGUUUCUUCAUCUUGUUUGCAUACCACCUCUUCCUUCUCCUCAGGUACCUAAAAUAUCCACACACCACAGUCAUUGGCUAUGAGCAUCACAACAAGAGAGCUUGGGUCGACCGAAUGGUACAGGUUGAAGGUCGUCACAAAAGCAUGGCAAUAUCUGUGAUCACCAGCCAAGUGUCAGCAGCAACUGCCCUGUCUUCAAUUUCACUGGUUUUAUGCUCUCUUAUUGGAGCAUGGCUUGGGGGCAAUUCCGCCAUCAUCACCAAGAGCAGGAUCGUCUAUGGAGACACGAGCACGUCGACUGCUUCCAUCAAAUACAUAGCUCUUCUUUGCUGCUUCAUGGUGGCUUUUGGAUGCUUUGUUCAGACUGCAGGGUUCUUUGUUCUUGCAAAUUUCCUCAUAACCACGCCCGAUAGUGACAUUCCUGUGCUCCAGAUUGAGAAAGCAGUGAUCAGAGGAAGUACUUUCUGGUCGAUUGGCUUGCGGGCUCUCUAUUUUGCCAUCACUUUUCUCAUGUGGAUUUUUGGUCCGAUUCCAAUGCUGGUUUCUUCGGUGAUCACUGUGGCAGUUUUGCAUCAUUUAGAUACAAAUACCACGCCUUUGCAUCAGUACCAGCCAUCCAAAACUCGCCAUCUCAUGCAGAAGAACGGUCAGGGAUCCUCAGGCAUCAUCGCAUCGGAACGGUAGCCAACUAUACAAAAGUAACCUUAAACUAGAGUCAGAUCAAGAAAGCAACAUACAUUUCAUGCAUAGCCGAUUGGAAAGUGAAUUAGGAACUAAAUGCAAGUCUUGUAUCUGAGUUUGGAUCUUUUGCUACGUUGUGUAGAUGGGCUAUGAAAAUCAUGCUUAGAAUAUAUGUUUUUGUCACACAAGCAUAGGAAAAAAAAAAAGAAAUGUAA